UGCCGUGGGAAGGACCGCGGCUCCUCAGCCGCCGCCUCCCGCGUUGCAUCCACUGCCUUCCCGCUUCUUCUUCUGCCCGUAGCCCCCUCCCGCCCUUGGAGGGGAUGCGUGGCCCGUGCCCUGCCUCAGCUGCUGGUCUACCGGAGCCCGAUGUCAGCGCCGGCGAGGGGGCUUCUUCCGCCGGCUGCUGCUGCUGCUGCUUGGAAAAAUGAAGCGACACCCCCCAUCCUCUCGCUGCUGCUGCCGCUGCCGCCGACGGGGGUGUUAGAAGGAAGGGCGGCGCGGAGCGCUGCGCACACCGCAAGCCCCCCGUCUCUGUACCUGAGACGGACCGCGAUCCGGGGCGCUCGUUGUUCUCGGGCAUUUCAAUAAACUGCUUAGGCAUCCGCGCUGCUGUGGAUUUUUUAAUCCUCCUGCUAGAGGCGGGCGAGUGCCUCCCCUUCUCCCCGCAGGAGGAGGAUUGGCUUGGUGCUGCCGCUGCCUCUGCUACUACCUCCUUCUUGUCCGCCGCCUCCUGACAGGGAGCUGGAGACCCCUUCGUGCAGGGGGCUCGGUGAAGAAGACGGGCUCUAGGAGGCUAUGGGGCAGGGUCUCUUCGUGUGGAUGCCCUAGGUAGAUUCUCAUCCUCCUCCCCUCGAAAGGGUUGCGAUUUUUUCAGAACCCCUUCUACAUUCCCAAAUGCCCGUGGACUUCAGUGUUUAAAAUCCGGCCGAAGAAGGCACGUAAGACCACCUGGAAAAGGCGGAAAAUUGGCUGGAGAGGACUGUCAGGAUUAAUAACUGGCCGGGGUGCGCUCGCAGCGUAGGAAACGGGGGAAAAUCCUUUCAAGAAUUGAUCUGCUAAGCAACGCGCACGGCACGUCUUCAUUGGUCAUCAUGGGGGAGCAACCCAUCUACAGCACCCGAGCUCAUGUCUUCCAAAUUGACCCAAAUACAAAGAAGAACUGGGUUCCCACCAGCAAGCAUGCUGUUACUGUGUCCUAUUUCUAUGACAGCACAAGAAACGUCUAUAGGAUUAUCAGCUUGGAUGGCUCAAAGGCAAUAAUAAAUAGUACCAUCACUCCCAACAUGACAUUCACAAAAACAUCACAGAAGUUUGGUCAAUGGGCAGAUAGCAGAGCAAAUACUGUUUAUGGCUUGGGCUUUUCCUCCGAGCAUCAUCUCUCAAAGUUUGCAGAAAAGUUUCAGGAAUUUAAAGAAGCUGCACGACUAGCUAAAGAAAAAUCCCAAGAAAAGAUGGAAUUAACAAGUACACCAUCACAGGAAUCUGCAGGUGAUAUUCAGUCUCCUCUUACACCUGAGAGCAUUAAUGGGACAGAUGAUGAAAGAACAAUGCCAGAAGUGACACAAAAUUCAGAACCAAGGGCUGAACCAACCCAGAAUGCAUUGCCAUUUGCGCAUAGUUCGGCAAUCAGCAAGCACUGGGAAGCAGAACUUGCUACGCUAAAGGGUAACAAUGCCAAGCUGACAGCAGCUCUCCUUGAGUCCACUGCCAAUGUGAAACAAUGGAAACAACAGCUUGCUGCGUAUCAAGAGGAAGCAGAACGUCUACAUAAACGGGUGACUGAGCUGGAGUGUGUGAGUAGUCAAGCAAAUGCAGUUCAAACUCAUAAAACAGAAUUAAAUCAGACAAUACAAGAAUUAGAAGCAACACUGAAGAAAAAGGAAGAGGAAAUAGAGAAGUUGAGAGAAGAAAUUGAUAAUGCCAGAGAGCUUCAGGCACAAAGGGACUCUUUAACUCAGAAAUUACAAGAAGUAGAAGUUCGAAAUAAAGAUCUAGAAGGCCAACUAUCUGAUCUUGAACAGCGUUUGGAGAAAAGUCAGAAUGAACAAGAAGUUUUUCGCAAUAACUUGAAAACACUUUUAGAAAUUCUUGAUGGCAAAAUUUUUGAACUGACAGAACUACGAGAUAAUCUGGCCAAGCUAAUAGAAUGCAGCUAAAGAACCCAGGAUCUCAGUGCCAAACAUCUUAAAGAUGCACUGUCUCUCUUCAUACAGGACUUUGUUGGGAUCUGCAUCAAAGUUGCACAAAAUUAGAAAAAUGCUCCUUCGGAAGGGCCUGUUUUAAUUUUCAACAAUAUACAAUAUACAGUAUUUCAGUGUAAAAUUUCAGAAUUCAGUUUGUAGCUAGUUGAAAAGAAAAAUAACUUGAAGUACAAAUUACCUCCUUGUAUAUAAUUGGCCAUAGAUAACUCGAGGGUAUUAACAGUAAUUGAAUGCAAUCCUUUUCUAAUUAUUAGCCAGUGAAAUAAUAAGUGCCCCAAAUGACAUCCCUCUUAGUGUUCCACACAAUGUAGGUGAUCAGUUUUAUUUUCUUUGUUGAUUAAGGCACCUGUAUGCUGUGUUUUGUGCAAGAACUUUGUGAUGACAGCCCUCUCUUCUGUUGUAAUCUGAAUAAUUUCUCAGGAUAUUUUGUACUGUUGAGAAACAGUGCAUUACCAAUUAAUUCUUGUCAGGAGUGAGAGAGAGUUGCAUCUUUAAUUCAGACCUAAUGAAUUAUUGCUUGUAUAGAGUUCUUCCCUUUUUUAUACUGGAAGAUACUGUCUUUAUUUACAAUGUUCACUCUGGUGUUCUAUAAUAUUGUCUAGUGUAUGGUUUACUUUUUUCCUAUUGGGAGUUCAUGUAUGUAGAAAUUCUGUAUUUCAUUUUGUUAUGCAUUUUGAAGCCUAUCUAUGAAGACAAGCAAGUCCCUGAAAGGUAUUUUAAAAUUUGCUAUGUUCUAAUAAGGUUCAGUCUAUGCUUACUGAAUAUCACAUGGACUUAACUUUUCUUAUCAAAAUGUGUUUUAGUAAUUUAUUUAACAAGAAUCCUCAAACUUUGGAAAUAUAGUGAUUGCUAGGGCAUUGACCUUGCUCAGGCAAUUAAACAAACAACAACAACAACAACACUGUAUUAGCAUAGAGAAUAAAAAUGGAUUUUUUUUUCUGCUGAAUCUUCAUGAAACAUCUUUAUUAAGAAAACGUGCCAGGCAAUGUUCUGAACUUCAAAACAAGAACUGAAUUCAGUUAUCCUCAAUGAACCUCUUUUUAAGUUGUACUGAUGUAAUUUACAAAGAUUUUUGCCAAAUAUGUAUUUCUUUAUAU